UACAAACUUGUCAUUAAAGAUGUCCGGUGAAAAUCAGGCAAAAGGGAAUGCUCAGAGUUCUAAGAAAGCAAAUUGUUGCCAGUUAACCGUGGAUGAGGUGGGUCUCCUGAAACUGAAGUUAACCAUCCUGGCCGUCCUCUGUGUCAUCCUUGGAGCUUUUCUUGUGGCUUUUCAAGUGCUUUCUUUCAUGAGGGUGGAGAAUGCAGAAACUGAAAGGAUGUUAAUUGAGCAGAAAAACAGAAAUGAUGAUCUCACCAAGGAGAACACAAAGCUGAAGACUGGGCUACAAGAAACUGAAAGGAUGUUAAUUGAGCAGAAAAACAGAAAUGAUGAUCUCACCAACGAAAUCACAAAGCUGAAGAAUGAGCUACAAGGAGGGAAGUGUGCGGAUGGCUGGCAGUACUUUGAUGGAUCAUGUUACCACUUCUCCACUGAUACGAAGAACUGGACUGAGAGUAGAGAUGCCUGUGUGACUAUGGGAGGACACCUGGUCAUCAUAAACAGUCAACAAGAACUGGAUUUCCUGAACGCCAGACGGGAGAUGGGAGAUGGGCGGUCCCAGCGAGAUUUCCACUGGAUUGGUUUAACUGAUGCUGAGGAAGAGGGCGAAUGGCGCUGGGUGGACAACACACCCCUCACAGACCCAAAGUUGGUACAACCCAAACAUACUGUACUUACCUUUGUUUCAGCUCAAUACAAUUCACAUUCAACACAAUUUCACUGGUUUUGGGGCAUAAACCAGCCAGAUAACUACAAGGAAUGGGGUCCACAAGACUGUGCCAUGAUUUUUGCAGGAAAGUUGUAUGACGAAACCUGUCGCUCACUUAAAAGAAUCUGUGAGACUAAAAGCUGUAUGGCCGGGGUUUAA